UCCCUGGCAGGGUGUUGUCCAUGCCCAGAACAAAGCCUGGCUGGCUCCGAUCUGUGCCUUUCCUGACAGUGACAUAUGUGGCCCUAUGGGGAGUGGAUGUGCCGCAGGCAGAAGAUGGUAUUCGGGAGAAAAUUCCCCAAAGUCCUCUGCAUUGGCCUGACUCUGGUCAUUGUCAAUCUCCUUCUGGCACUUUAUGCUAAAGGAGCUUUCCAGAACUUGAUUCUGGGCGAUCCCCACCGGGAGCUCCAGUUGUCUCUGCCUGAACCAGAUGGGGCAAUGAUUAAGAGACUCUCCAGCUUGGAGGUGGAAUUGCAGCAUCUGAAAGAAAGUAUAAAAUUGGCUCUGAAGCAACAAGAACAUGUGAACCACACACUACAGAGGGCAACAGAUGUCCGAAAAGCAGUGAAAUUCAAGUCGAAUGAACCAAGGAAGCACACAUCCCACAUGAAGCUCUUCCCACAUUCGCCGCUCUUCAAGCAGUGGGGUGAUGACCUUUCCGAGACCCAGCAGAGAAAGGCACAGGACCUCUUCCAGGAGUUUGGUUACAAUGCGUACCUCAGCAACCACUUGCCCCUCAAUCGCACCCUCCCCGAUACACGAGAUCCCAGGUGUCUUCAGAAGACAUAUUCUUCACAACUGCCUUCCCUUAGUGUCAUUCUCAUAUUUGUGAAUGAAGCUCUGUCCAUUAUAGAACGGGCCAUCACCAGUAUCAUCAACCGGACCCCCUCUCGAUUGUUGAAGGAGAUAAUCUUGGUGGAUGAUUUUAGCUCAAAUGGAGAACUAAAGGUAUACUUGGAUGAGAAGAUUAAGAUCUACAACCAGAAGUAUCCAGGACUACUGAAAAUAAUACGGCAUACUGAGAGGAAAGGCCUUGCUCAAGCCCGCAACACUGGCUGGGAAGCCACCACAGCUGAUGUGGUCGCCAUCUUGGAUGCUCAUAUUGAAGUGACCAUUGGCUGGGCAGAGCCCAUCUUGGCUCGGAUUCAGGAAGACCGAACUGUGAUUGUAUCACCCGUGUUUGAAAAGAUUCAUUUUGACACCUUUAAGCUAGAAAGGUAUGGAGUAGCAGUUGAUGGAUUUAACUGGCAACUGUGGUGCCGCUAUGACACACUUCCACAAGACUGGAUUGACCUGCAUGAUGUCACUGCUCCUAUAAAGAGUCCUUCCAUAAUGGGUAUCCUGGCUGCCAACAGGCUCUUCCUGGGAGAGAUUGGGUCUCUGGAUGGUGGGAUGCUGGUCUAUGGAGGAGAGAACGUAGAGCUUAGUCUACGGGUGUGGCAGUGUGGAGGGAAGAUUGAAAUCUUACCCUGCUCUCGGAUAGCUCAUCUAGAGAGACAUCACAAGCCCUAUGCCUUGGAUCUGGCACCUGCCUUGAAGCGCAAUGCUCUUCGAGUGGCUGAAGUCUGGAUGGAUGAGUACAAAUACAUGGUCUACUUGGCCUGGAACAUACCUCUCCAGAACUCUGGAAUCGAUUAUGGAGACAUUUCUUCCAGAAUGGCCCUCCGGGAGAAGCUGAAAUGUAAAACUUUUGACUGGUACCUGAAAAAUGUUUAUCCGGUCCUGAAACCAAUCCGCAGCAUCGUGGGCUAUGGGACAAUGAAAAACUCAUUGAAUGAAAAUAUCUGCCUGGAUGAAGGACCUGUUCCAGGCAACACCCCCAUCAUGUAUCACUGUCAUGCAUUCAGUCCGCAGCAUGUCUACUAUCUCCUGACUGGGGAGCUCUACAUGGGGGUGCUGAUUGCAGAGGCAAACGCUGAUGAUCGCUGCCUGACAGACCCUGGCAGUGGGGAGAAGCCCUCUCUAGAGCCUUGUUCCAAGGCAGUUAAAAAGGGACUGCACAUUUACUGGGAUUUUAAACCGGGAAGGGCUUUUAUAAACAGGGCCACCAAACGGUGUCUGGAGAUCAAGAAGACCUCUGCUAGCAGCUAUGAGCCCGUGCUCCGGACCUGCACGACGCAAGUGUGGAAAAUACAGCACACCGUGGGGACCUGGGGCCGGACUGAUGGCCAGUGAUCCUCGGAGAGCCUGGAUGUGGGCACCCGUUCUUAUAACAGGAAUGGGCUUCUACCCCCAGCACUGCUUAAAGUGGGAGAGAAUGAGGGAAAGUGUGUCCGUGUGUGUGUGUUUAUGGUGACAUUGGCGUGGGGUUCACAGAGCGUGUCUGCUGGGGAAAGUAGAGGAAAUCUGGAUGCCUCGUCUCCAGCUUCCUGGGGAAGGCUGUGAUAUGUCUCAAAUGCCAUUCUUGGAACCUCCUUGAAAUAACCAGCACCCUCUGUCUGUUCCAUGGGGAGGGAAUGAGGAGGAUGAAAGUUUAUCUCUGAUUUCUGCCCACAGUGUUUAGCCUCCUUCCCCACAGCUACUGUCACCAUCUGCCCCACACCUCCUCCCAGCUCAUCUGUCUCAAGUGAGCGGCUGGGUCGUCCUGAGGCCGGCAGCGUGACAACUCUGCAGUUUACUUAAAUCUCCCUUCUCUCUGGACUGCCCUGAAAGGUGCAGAAAUAAUACAAGUAACCUGAAAAAUAUUCCUCUAUUCAUCCCCCCGCCGCGGUUUUAGUUGGAUUACCAAUCUCUCCCAUAUCAGAGAGAUGGCAGAGGCAGAGGAGAGGAGAGAAAGGACCUGGCCAGGAAUUGCUGCUCCUCAAAGGACAGUAAUCUCUAAGUAGGGCCUAACACUUAAAGACCUGAUUACCUGUGUCAUCCUCCAACUCCUGCAAACCAUGGAGAAAAUGAGACUUGAAACAGAAGGUGUCACUUACUGGGGCACAAAGAAGAGGUUGCCACCAAAACUUAAAAGCAGGGGUCUUACAGCUGUCUGCUGGAUAAGUGCUUUCCACUGGCUGGUGAGUUGGAAAGACACUUCUCGGGCUGCCAAUUUUUUGACAAGGUCCUGGAGGCUGGUGGGAGUGGGUGCCGUGGUGGGAUUGGAGGUAAGACUGAGCCUGUGUGUGUGUUGUGCUGUGGGUUUAUUCAGGUAUGAGCUUCCACGGCCCCUUUCUGAGAGGGCCCCCCCUUCCCGUUAGUCCUGUGUCAGGGCCACUUGGGAACAAUUCUAGGAAUCAUCAGUUUUUCUUUAGGGAUUAGACAGGCAAGACUGAUAAUUUAGCCCAGAAUUAAAUUGACACAGACUUUUUAUUAAAAAAAAAAAACUUAUAAAAGCAUGCAAGUCAUAAAUGCACACACAGCUUGAUAAAAAUUUCAGGAUGAACACGUCCACAUCAAGAACUAAAACAUUACCACAGAUAAGAUUUUGUCAUGGAAAAGUAAAAGAACAGAAUAAAUGUUUAAACAAAUGUAUAACUUCCAGCGUCUGCCAGGAAAAUUGAAGGGAAAAAUGCAAUUCACAGCAAAGUUUAAAAAAAGCAUGUGCUUAACAGAAAAAUGGGCAAAAGACACAAUAUCCUUAAAUAUAGGAAAAGAUGUUUAAUGCCCCUCACAGCUAGAGAAAUGGAAAUUAAAACUGUACUCAGAUAACUUUUCACUUAAAUUGGGGGAAAUUAAAAAGUAGCAAAACACAUUGUUGGCAGGGUUAUCAGGAAUAGGCAAUCUCAUACUUCUUGGAAGGGUAUUUCACAAUAUCUAAAAAUACUACAUGUGCAUUUUCUACCUCUAGGGACUUAUCCCCCCAAAUAAGAGCUAUUGUUCAAAGUAAUUCUUUACAGUAUUGAUUGCGGCUGAAAAAUGUUGGAGAAAAACCCUAAAUGGCCAAUAAUAAAGGAAUGUUGGAGUACAGCCUUACAAUGGAGUAUUAUACAGCUACAAAAAAGAAUAAGGACCAUCUCUCUGCACUAAGUAGGGGAGGAUUUCUAGAAUAUUCAAACUGAAAAGAGGAAAAUAACUUCUAUAGUAUGUACCUUUUAGGUAAGAAGUUAGGGGAAAACCCAGGGUGGCCAUAUAGGUCAUGUGCAAUUUAAAAUAGACAACGAACGAACUUUAUGGCCACCCUGUGUAUAUGGACUUGUUCAUUUCUACAACAUGAAACACAAGAGUGAUAAACCAGAAACUAAUGAGAUUGGUUACAACAGAACCAGGCAGAAAGAAUUGAGAAUAAGAACAGAAGAAAAGGGAUAAGAGGAGAGUGGCACUUCUAUAAAUACACAUUUUUCUAUAGUUUGACUUUUAGAACCAUGUUACAUGCUUAAAAUAUAUGUAAAGUCAAUAAAACCCCCAAAUAGAAUCUAAACAAAAAUAAGUGAAUUUAACUAUAUUUUUCAUGUUUUAAAUCAACACACAUUCACCCACGUGUGCAUACACCACACACACACACACACACACACACACACGAGCAUAUCCAGCAUUCACACCCAGAUCUUCUUUCUAAAACACUUCCAGUAAAGGGAAUUAAGGCUUUUUGGAGAAAUAGCUGACUUUAGGGUUGGGGUGGGACACAAUCCUAUGUUAGAAAGUAAGGAAUUGCUCAAAGAUUGAUGGGGGUGUGUCAAAACCCACAACAGCUGGGUCCAAGGGGCUUCUACUGGUCACAUCUGGGACAAUUUGGGCACUAAAAUAAAUAAUGAUAAUUGUAACUGAGUGAUCCACGUUACCGUCACUAGUGUUGUCCGGAGAUCGUGUGCCUCCUGAUAGGGUGCACCAAGAACGCAGCAUCGCCUCUGCGGUGUUCCUGUCAAAUACGCGGAACCCAAACCUAUAAUCUUGAGGAUAGCUUAAAACCAACCUGGGGACGCUCUUCAAAGGAAACGGCUGUGUACUUCAAAAACGUCAAGUCGUGAAAGAUGAAGACAGACGGAGGAACUGUUCCAAAUUAAAGGAGACUAAAGAGGCAGGAUGACUAACUGUAACGUGUGAUCCUGGACUGGAGGGGAUUAUUUUCUUCUUUAUUUAUAAAGAACAGCAGUAGACAAUAAAUUUGCAUAGGUUUUGUUGAUUAGAUGGUAGUGCUUUCUCGAUUUCAUUUUCCUGAUUUUGAUCUUUGCGCUCUGGCAGUGUAAGAGGUUGUAUACAAAAUAUUCUUUGCAUGGAUUGGGGGAAGGGAAUUACCUCUGAGAUUUAUAGCUAGAUGGAUAGACUAUAGACAGGGGCAAGGUAUGAUAAAGCAAAUGUGGUAAAGUGAAUCUAAAUGAACAGUAAAGGGUAUGUAAGAAUUCUUUGUACUAUGUUUGCAAAUUUUCUAUAAGUCUGGAAUUGUUUCAAAAUAAAAAAGAUAUA